ACAAGCUCUCCAAUCAAGAAUAGAGGAAUUAGAGCAGGAUGUUUCUUUGGUACAAAAGAGAUUAUCAGAGAUGGAUUUUCUUAAGCGUAAAUCUGAACUGGAAUACAUAAAACUAUCUGACGAAAAUAUUAGUUUAGAAUUGGCAAAUACAGAGUUAGAAGAUACACUGGCCAAAAAAAAGGAUAAAUUAAUGCGAGUGAGAGAUGAUUUACUUUCAGCACAAAAGGCAGUGAUAGAGAAAGAUUCCCUUCUUCAAGAAACUAAUUCUCUUUUAUUAGAGCAUAUUUCAAAAACAUCCAGCGAAUCUAAGCAAAAUGAAGCGAUUGGAGGUGAUAAAGGACUGGAGAAAGCAUGCAAUCAUCUUCAUAAUAGUAUUACUAAUUAUAUACAUCUUAAGAAAUCAAGAUUAUGCAUUUCCAAUCUGAUAUGCAGAAGAACCAAAAGAUAG